AACAGUCGUCUGAUUUAAACGUCGUUGCUGCUGAGAGGUCAAAUGGCUCAGAGAGGAGUUUGUCGGGAGGAAAUCUCCUGCUCCAUUUGCUUGGAUCUACUAAAGAAUCCGGUGACUAUUCCCUGUGGACACAGCUACUGUAAGAACUGUAUUAAAACAUACUGGGUUCAAGAACAUCAGAGGAGAAUCCACAGCUGCCCUCAAUGCAGAAAAAUGUUCAGAUUUAGGCCUAUCCUUGUGAAAAACAUCAUGCUAGCAGGACUAGUGGAGGAUCUGAAGAAGACUGGACUUCAAGCUGCUCCAGCUGAUCACUGCUAUGCUGGACCUGAAGAUGUGGCCUGUGAUGGUUGCACUGAGAGGAAGAUGAAAGCUGUCAAGUCCUGCUCUUCCUGUGAAAAUCAUCUUCAACCUCACUACGAUGCUCCACCAUUAAAGAAACACGAGCUGGUGAAUCCUGGUUUUAAGAGUCGACAACAAAUCCAUCAGAGAAUCCAGGACCAAGAGAAAGAUGUGAAGCUGCUUCAACUGGAGGUGGAGGCCAUCAAUGUCUCUGCUGAUAAAGCAGUGGAGGACAGUGAGAAGAUCUUCACUGAGCUGAUCCGUCUCCUCCAGAAAAGAAGCUCUGAUGUGAAGCAGCAGAUCAGAUCCCAGCAGGAAACUGAAGUGAGUCGAGUCAAAGAUGUUCAGGAGAAGCUGGAGCAGGAGAUCACUGAGCUGAAGAGGAAAGACGCUGAGCUGGAGCAGCUCUCACACACAGAG